AUGAAACCGUGGAAGAAAACAGUCGACAGCGCGGCUGCAUCGAAUAAGAUGCAAGUAGAAGCAGAGGGCGCCUCAGAGCAUGACAGAGCAAAAUCACUUAUAAGUUGUCAAAACUCUGCGAGCGACGAGCGACAUUUAAAGGCGCUAUGGCGACAAUUACACCACAACAUUCACGCUGGCCUCGUACUGCUCUUUGACGAUCAAGUUAGCGACGAAUAUGUAUUUGGGCUUCUCAAAUUCUGUGCAGAACAUGACGCCGUAAACGUUAUUGCAUUGCAGCCACAAAUGGCGGUGAGAGAACGCAGCUACUGGACUUUGAAAUUAUUUCCUAUGCAGGCGACUAUUAAGCGAAAAUUUCCACUAUCGUAUCGUAAUAUCUUCCCCGAACAUUUGGAAAAUAUGUACGGCCAUCCAUUGCGUUUGAUGGCAGUUGAUCGUUAUAUUGAUUUUUAUAAUUAUACACGUGAAGAGAAGUCUUCGAAGUUGAGUGGUUUCAUCGGCAGAGCCCUGAAUGAAUCACUUUUUCGUAUAGAAAAUCGCAAAGCUGUUGAGGAGAAUAUCAUAGAUAUUGGCAUACUUUGGCCAUUAUAUGUGGAGAACACGAUAUCGUUUCCCACAUUUGUCAUGCACAUUAAAAACUGGUGUCUGAUGGUGCCAGUGGAAACUCCAUUGCCGCCAUAUGAUUUCUAUUGGGUUAUUAUUUCGAGUAGCGUUGCUAGUUUGUUUCUCAUCAGCCUCGUAUCAAUAUCCACAGUUUGGGCUAUCACAUUGCGCUGUAAGAGUAGGCGGCAGCUAUCCAUUGUUCAACACUUUCUAAACGUGUCGGUGUUUCAAGGUUUAUUGGGCAUGCCAUUUUGGACGAAUCGCAGCCAAUCGGGCAUUCAGAAAUUUCUCACCAUCACCAUUUCGUUUGCAGAUAUUAUUCUUGGUACCGCUUAUAGCACUUACUUGCAAAGUUUUAAUGUUUAUGCACCCACGGAUCAUUAUAUAAGAAAUAUCGAUGAAUUGCUUAGCUAUGGUAUCAAGGUGGCAGUUGAUCCGAUUGACGUCGACAUUAUUAAGUAUUAUACAAAUUUUCCCAAAUACAUUCAGAAUUUUACAAUUUUUAAUAACAUAACUGAAUUACGUUUGCUGCGGAAUGAGCUGGAUACGCGUUAUGCAUAUUUUGUCGGUGAUAUGUGGAUUAUGUACGAUAUGCAACAGAAGUAUUUCUCAAAACCUCUUUUUCGACUCUCAGACAUUUGCUUUGGCAAGGAGAUUCCAUUUGUAUUACCUUUGCCGCGAAAUUCAAUAUAUCGUAAGAGUUUGAAUAGUUUAAUAUUAUACCUACAACAAUCUGGGCUAAUGAGCUAUUGGCUACAUCACAGCUUUAUCGAGCUAACAGAGAUGAAAAUGUUUAAUCAUCAAUCAUCAAAUGAAAUGCCGACGAACGAGGGGCACAGCAGCAGCAGCAGCAGCAACAGAGAUGGAGACGACGGACUGAAGCAGCAAGAAUGCCAAAGCGAUAACCAAGGCGAUGAAGCAAAAAAUCCAAUGCAAGGGAGGCGGAAAAUCAGCGAGAAGCAACGGAGAUCGACUGAAAAUUUGCAACGUCAGCUGAAAGCAACAACAAACACUUAG